AUGAAGUCCCUUUCCCUUACGCUCGCGCUUGUCGCAUCGGUAGAGGCGGGUCUCCGCUUCGGCUGCUCUUCGCUGACUAUCCAGCGACUUGACCCUGUCGUCGAGCCUGGCAUGAACCCUUCUUCUCAUGUACACCACAUUGUUGGUGGCAACGCUUUCAAUGCCACCAUGACUGGCGAUGUCGGUGCUCGCGGCACCUGCACUACAUGUGAGAUGGCAGAGGACUUUUCCAACUACUGGACUGCUGUUUUGUACUUCAAGCAUCCCACCAACGGGUCUUACCAUCGAGUUCCAGUCAAGAACAACGCUGCACUUGCGAGUGGUACCACGGGAGGCAUGACCAUUUACUAUACACCACACGACUUUAGCACAGAUGAUCUGAAGAAUCAACCAAUCACUGCCUUCCCUGCAGGAUUCCGCAUGACGGUCGGUUCGCCAACCACGACCACGGAAGCUCAGGCAAAGGGCCACGUUGGUCUGCGCUACAACUGUCUACAGACCCUUCUGAACAGAGGUCCAGAGAUGGUCGACUUUCCCACCAAGCCUUGCCCGGCUGGUAUCUUUGCCGUGCACCACUUCCCGGCAUGCUGGGACGGGAAGAACCUCGACAGCCCCGACCAUCAGUCGCACAUGUACAAUACCAUUACGCGCGACGGCUUCACCAAUGCGCCAGCAUGUCCUGCGUCUCACCCGGUGCGCAUGCCGCAGCUGACGUACGAGACCGUAUGGGACACGACCAAGUUCAACAGCCUGUGGCCGUCGGGGACGCCGAACCCGUUUGUGUGGAGCUUUGAGGGCACCAGCGGCUACGGCACCCACGCCGACUACAUGUUUGGCUGGCAGGGCGACGCCCUCCAGCGCGCCAUGAACAAGUCCGAGUGCUUCUAUGACGGCUGCGGCUCCAUCAAGAAGCAGGUCAUGUCUACUGCCAAUAAGUGUACCGUCAAGGACAUGGUUGGUGAGGAGACUGAUGGCUGGCUCACUCACCUCCCGGGCAUGCCAAUGAAUUAG